AUGGCACCGCGCAAGAUACGCAUCGCGCUAGAUUGGACGCCCAACUCGAUCCACAGCGGUCUCUACAUCGCCAAAGAAAAGGGAUACUACGAAAAGCGCGAUUUGGAGGUGGAACUACUCCCACCGGACGCCCUAUACAGCCAAACUCCAGCGAAGCGUCUGGAGGCCGGGGAUGUGGAUCUCGCCAUAUGUCCUWCCGAAUCGUGCAUUGCGUACAAUGAAAGUGGAAAGCUUCAGCUCCAGGCAAUCUACGCCAUUCUCCAGAGAGACGCCUCUGCCAUUGUUGGAACGGCGCUUGGUAGUAUGAAAGAGCUCAGCGGCAAGCGGUAUGGUAGCUACAACGCAAAGUACGAGGAUGCAAUAGUCAGAGCCAUGGUCACACGAGAUGGCGGCGACGCAACGACGGUGAAUAUCGAGCGGUCUGAGGGCAAGCUGAGCAUGUUCGACGCUGUCAAAGCCGGACGCGUAGAUGCAACAUGGAUAUUUCUACCCUGGGAAGGCGUUGAGGCGGCCAUCGAGGGCAUCGAAGCCAACUAUUUCAGACUGGAAGACCACGAUAUACCGUACGGCUAUUCUCCAGUCAUUGCUCGUAAUGCUGGAUCAAGUCUUUCGGAUGAGGUGCUUCACGAUUUCGUUUCUGCAACGAGGGAAGGCUACGAACACGCCAUCAGCCGACCAUCGGAUGCCGUGGAUUUGCUCCAACGAGUGGUCACACCUCAGCGAUCUCACGACUUUCUCGAAAAGAGCCAGCUGAGCAUCAAUCAAUUCUACGCAGACGAUGAUGAUAGGCUUGGCUACAUGGAUCCUGCGAAGUGGGCCUCGUUUUUAUCGUGGCUACGCGAGCAGAGCUUGCUCACUGGACCAAAAGAGAUAUUGGAAGAUGCAAUUUUCACUAACAAGUUUGCUGAGUGA